AUGCCUCCACGACCUAUACGACCCAAGAACGAGCCAAGCACGCCUGAUGGAGUCGAUCGUAACGGUGAGGCGAAAGGUGGAAAGCGAAGAGCAGUCUCAUCAGCCUGCAUACCUUGUCGAAAACGCAAGAGCAAGUGCGACGGGCAGCUGCCAUCAUGCUCGACUUGCAUCGCGGUGUACCAGACAGAAUGUAGCUACGAUGCGGAUAGCGACCACCGAAGGAAGGGCGCCCUGAAGCGAGACAUUCAGUCACUGCAACAACAAAAUGAUGCUCUGGAUGUCAUCGUGGCUUCACUGCGAAGUCUGCCCGAGCAGGAAUCGAUAGCAUUGCUGCACAGCCUACGGGGGGAUUCCGAUCCAGAUGCGCUUGCAGAGUCUCUUCGAAGUAAUGUUAGACUACCUCACAGCUUUGCACCACAGACGUUAGAAGCGGACUUUGCUCAACAGGUGACGACGCCCACCAGUACCACGUUUGAAAGACCGAACUUUCCUCCCCCGACAUCACGAGAGGACUCUGGAGACAGCACGACAUUCUCGAUACGCAGUGCAAUAACGCCAGUGGACGACUCUACUACGUGGUUCCGAACACCUCAGGACGCAGAAUUCGUUGAGCACUUGUUGAGCCUCUACCACUGCUGGGUCCACCCGUUCUAUUGCUUCAUCUCGUGGGACCUGUUCUCACAAGACAUGAGACGUGGAAGGACGGACUUCUGCAAUGCGAUGCUGGUCAACGCUGUAUUAUCCUUUGCAUGUCACUACUCAGAUCGAUCCAUGGCGAGACUCGACCCCAACGAUCCAGGGACUGCCGGAGACCAGUUCUACGCUGAGGCCAAACGCCUUCUUGACCGGAAUGACAAGUCUUCGUUGCCAACAGUCCAAGCUCUCGGGAUCAUGAGUCUCCGUGAGACUUCUGCAGGGCGAGAUAGCAGUGGGUACCAACUGGCGGGAAGGUGCGUUCGCAUGGCGCUCGAAUUGGGUUUGCAUCUGUCGGUGAUCAGGAAUGGUCUACGAUCCAGUGAGGCGGAGGUGAGGAAGGUGACAUUUUGGGCGGUAUUUAACCUGGAAACGUUAUGCGCAGUUGGCUUCGGCCGACUAUCACAGCUUCCACGCUCUGCCGCAGAUAUCGAAACUCCGUCAGCGAACGCACGAUCAGAAACACAGACUUGGCGACCUUACGAGGAUGUCAAUGUAUCGAACAGCCCGAGUGCCGAACAGCCAGCACGAGCAAUGUCGUUCAAAGACCAGCUCAGCAAACUAUCCGAAUUAGCCAGCGACAUGGUCAAUACCUUUUACGCACCUCGAGAACGAUUUACCAGCCGCCGACUCGCCAUCACGUACGCCCACUACCAGAAUUGGCACCAGAACCUGCCCGACCAUUUUCGCCUGGAAAACACAUCCUUACCGCAUGUGCUGGUGUUACACAUGUACUACUAUGGAUGCGUACUGCAUCUCUUCCGUCCUUACAUCAAGCUGGACCUCCGAGCAGCGAAUCUUUAUCCACGCGACACCUGCACAUAUUGUGCAAACGAAAUAUCGGCACUCAUGAAUGCAUUGCGGGCAAUGUAUGGACUGAGGCGAAUUUCACUAGCGGUCGUCAGCUUAGUAUUGUCGGCCAGUACGAUACACCUCCUCAACUUGCCUUCCGAAGAGGCAGCAGCACAUCUCAGCCAGGGCUUACACGAUCUCGAAGCAAUGUCUGUAAACCACCGCUUCGCGGCUAGAGCAGUCGAUAUUGUCCACUCCCUGUCGAGUAAGUGGAACAUUGCACUGCCUGAAGGUGCGGCUGCGGUCUCCGUAUAUCGGCUUGGAUUGCAGAGGGACUUAGCAUCUCCGCCACCAUCCACUUUCUUCGCAGCCUCGAUUCCACGCAAGCAAUCUUCAGAGGGCCAAACACGCUCCGGAGAUUCUGGACACAAGGAGUCGCCGUUCCCUCCCCCGAGUGCCACCUCCCACCCGCCACGACAUCAGCAGCAACAGCAGCAGGCGAACCAAAUUGGAAUGUUCUAUACCGACCCCACCACCCCUUUGGACCCAACCCAAGCACAAACGGCUUUCUGGACUCCAUUUCCGACCCAGGUCAUGCCCAUGCCUCAUCACGAUCUAGGCUCGGCCACGAUGGACUUUUCUGGAAUUGAAGAUCAACAGCAUUGGCAGUUAUACGGUGGCGUUUCAAAUGCCCAACAGCAAGAAUACCACGGGAGACCACAACCGGCUACGGGACGUGUUGAUGAGAACAUGACCGGCAUGGGAAACUGGAACUGGAACGAAUGA